AUGACAAAAAGAAUUAAUCAAGAUAAAUUAGAGCAUUUCUUUGGUAUUGUACGGCAAGCAUGUGGGUCAAAUCAACAUCCAGAUCCUAAACAAUUUGUCCAAAUAUAUCGGUUACUCUCGUGUUACUCUUUGAUAAAACCACCAAGAGGGAGUAAUGUAGAUGGUGGAGAAGUAAUCAAGACACUUCUUGAUAUUCAAAUAAAUAAUAGUGAAGAUAUUCAUAAAAAAUUUAAUUAUACAAUUUAA